AUGCCCUUUGACAUAGAGUCAAAGAAUGUUCUCAGAGAAAAUUCUGCUGCUGAUAAUCAGGAUAAUCCUGAAGUGCAGGUUCCUCAGAUCAAGCCAUUGGAAAGACAUGCUGUGAACAAAGAUGUGAAUUUAAAUCUUCUAGCAAAACCGAAAGUGCCAAUACAGGAUGAGUUAAAUGCCAAUGAUACCACCAAAGAAAGUGGUGUCCCCAUGUAUGAAAAAGAAAGAGAAAUGCAACAAUAUACCAAAGAUGGUUACAAGGGAGAGGGGAAUGGCUCUGAGUGGGCAGAAGUAGAAAAGAGUUCUACACAAUCUACGGUAGCAAAUGAAGAGGGGAACACUGAGGGUCUGAAAGGGGGCGCAGGAAAACCAGAAACAUAUGGUCAUGAUGGGAUACAUGGACAAGAAGAUAGCGCCACCAUAAAUGGCAUCAGGGGGCAAGUAAGCAUCAUCGACAGUGCUGACACAGCAAAUGGGAGCGAUAUUAAUGGAAUUGUUGAUAAGCAUUCAGAAAAUGGGGGUGUUGGAAAUGCAAGUCAGAGUGAGGAUGCCACUGUUGUCCAAGAAGAUGGACCUCAAGCAGCUGGAAGCAACAACAGUACAGGUCAUGAGGAUGAAAUAAAUGGGAAUUUCUGUAGAAAUGGGGGUGAUACAAGUGCAGUAACACCACAGAGAGAAGGAGAGAGAAGUGGGAAUGAGGAAACAGGGGUUACACCAGGAGGAAGUAGAAUUGGCAAUAGAGAAGAUGUUGGCCUGGAUAAUUCUGAUGGAAGUGCUAGUGGGAAUGGAGCAGAUGAGGAUGAAGACAAGGGCUCUGGUGAUGAUGAAGGUGAGGAAACAGGGAAUGGAGGAAAGGGCACAGAAAACAGCAAGGGCCAGGAGGGUCAGCCUCAUGGAAAAGAAGAUGAUGAUGACAAUAGCUUAGGUCAAAAUUCAGUUAGUAGUGAAGACGGUGACCCUGGGGACAAAAAAGACUCCCAUGCUGUUGAUGGAGACAACACCUCCAAGAGUGAGGAAGAGUCUGACCGUAUUCCAGAAGACAAUGGUAGUCAAAGAAUAGAGGACACUCAAAAACCCAGUCACAAAGAAAUCAAAGCUGUGGAAAAUGGAAUCACUGAAAAAUUAGAGCCACCUGCUAUUGGGAAGAGCCAAGAUAAGGGAACAGAAGUUGAAGUUCCCAGCAGUGGCCUCAGAAACAAUAUUACCAAAGAAACUGGGAAAGUCAAUGAAGACAAAGAGAGUAAAGGCCAAAAUGGAAUGAUUGUGGGCAAAGGAAAUGUCAAGACCCAAGGAGAGGUUGACAUCACGCAAGGACUUGGCCAGAAAUCAGAACCUGGAAAUAAGUUUGGACCCAGCAAAACACGUAGUGACAGUAACAGUGAUGGAUAUGACAGUAACGAGUUUGAUGAAGAAUCCAUGCAAGGAGAUGAUCCCAACAGCAGCGAUGAGUCUAAUGGCAGUGAAGAUGCCAAUUCUGAAGGUGAUAAUAACCACAGUAGCCGAGGAGAUGCUUCUUAUAACUCUGAUGAAUCAAAAGAUAAUGGCAGUGACAGUAACUCACAAGGAGGAGACGAUGAUGAUCAUGAUAACACAUCAGAUGCUAAUGAUAGUGACAGUGAUGACAAUGGUAACAAUGGAGGUGAUGACAAUGGCAAAUCAGACAGCAGCAAAGAUAAAUCAGAUGACAGUGACAGCAAUGACAGUAGUGAUAGCAGUGACAGCAGUGACAACAAGUCUGACAGUAGUGACAGCAGUGAUAGCAGUGACAGCAGUGACAACAAGUCUGACAGUAGUGACAGCAGCGACAGUAGUGAUAGCAGUGACAGCAGUGAUAGUGACAGCAAGUCAGACAGCAGUGACAGCAGUGAUAGUGACAGCAAGUCAGACAGCAGUGACAGCAGUGACAGUAGUGACAGCAGCGACAGCAGUGACAGUAGUGAUAGUGACAGCAAGUCAGACAGCAGUGACAGUAGCGACAGCAGUGACAGCAGUGAUAGUGACAGCAAGUCAGACAGCAGUGACAGCAGUGACAGUAGUGACAGCAGCGACAGCAGUGACAGCAGUGAUAGUGACAGCAAGUCAGACAGCAGUGACAGUAGCGACAGCAGUGACAGUAGUGACAGCAGUGAUAGUGACAGCAAGUCAGACAGCAGUGACAGCAGCGACAGCAGUGACAGUAGUGAUAGUGACAGCAAGUCAGACAGCAGUGACAGUAGCAACAGCAGUGAUAGCAGUGACAGUAGUGAUAGUGACAGCAAGUCAGACAGCAGUGACAGCAGUGACAGCAGUGACAGUAGCGACAGCAGUGACAGCAGUGACAGUAGUGAUAGUGACAGCAAGUCAGACAGCAGUGACAGUAGCGACAGCAGCAACAGCAGUGACAGUAGUGACAGCAGUGACAGCAGCAACAGCAGCGACAGCAGUGACAGUAGUGAUAGUGACAGCAAGUCAGACAGCAGUGACAGUAGCGACAGCAGCAACAGCAGUGACAGUAGUGACAGCAGUGACAGCAGCGACAGCAGUGACAGCAGUGAUAGUGACAGCAAGUCAGACAGCAGUGACAGUAGCGACAGCAGUGACAGUAGUGAUAGUGACAGCAAGUCAGACAGCAGUGACAGCAGCGACAGCAGCAACAGCAGUGACAGUAGUGACAGCAGUGACAGCAGCGACAGCAGUGACAGCAGUGAUAGUGACAGCAAGUCAGACAGCAGUGACAGUAGCGACAGCAGUGACAGUAGUGAUAGUGACAGCAAGUCAGACAGCAGUGACAGCAGUGACAGUAGCAACAGCAGUGAUAGCAAUGACAGCAGUGACAGUAGUGAUAGUGACAGCAAGUCAGACAGCAGUGACAGUAGUGACAGCAGUGACAGCAGUGACAGUAGCAACAGCAGUGACAGUAGCAACAGCAGUGAUAGCAGUGACAGUAGUGACAGUAGUGAUAGUGACAGCAAGUCAGACAGCAGUGACAGUAGUGACAGCAGUGAUAGCAGUGACAGUAGCAACAGCAGUGACAGUAGCAACAGCAGUGACAGCAGUGACAGUAGUGACAGCAGUGACAGUAGCAACAGCAGUGACAGUAGCGACAGCAGCGACAGCAGUGACAGUAGUGAUAGUGACAGCAAGUCAGACAGCAGUGACAGCAGUGAUAGUGACAGCAAGUCAGACAGCAGUGACAGUAGCGACAGCAGUGACAGCAGUGACAGUAGCAACAGCAGUGAUAGCAGUGACAGCAAGUCAGACAGCAGUGACAGUAGCGACAGCAGUGACAGCAGUGACAGUAGUGACAGUAGUGAUAGCAGUGACAGCAAGUCAGACAGUAGUGACAGUAGUGACAGUAGUGAUAGUGAUAGCAGUGACAGCAAUAGCAGUGACAGCAGUGAUGGUGACAGUAAGUCAGACAGUAGUGACAGCAGUAAUAGCAGUGACAGUAGUGAGAGCAGUGACAGCAGUAACAGCAAUGACAGUGACAGUAGUGACAGCAGUGACAGUGAAUCUGACAGUAGUGAUGAGAGUGACAGCAAGAGCAAGCCUGGUAAUGGCAACAACAGUGGAAGUGACAGUGAUAGUGACAGUGAAGGCAGUGACAGUAAUCACUCAACCAGUGAUGAUUAGAACUAAAGAAAAACCCAUGAGAUUCCUUUUGUGAAAAAUCUGGUGAGUAAUUGAUAGGAAAUAAAGAUUUCCAGGGAAGUAGAGAAAGGGGAGAAAUACACAGAAGACAUAUGUAAACAUCCACAUAUCCCAGAAACGACGAGAGAAAUAGUCAAACUGUCAGAUUCAGAACCAAGUGCCAACACCUUCAGAGAGAGAAUCUGACUGUGUACAUGUAUGUUAAAUAUGUCCUGAAAAGAUCUUGUUAAAAGUAUA